CUUUGCUCGAGGCCAUACCGAGUGGAGUGUACUCAUCACUCUCAUCAGGGUGCCUGACACUUACAACAACCUCUAUAGGUGCCAUGUAAUACUAAUGGCCAUGACGGAAUGGUAGACAGCUGUGAAGAAGAAGAUGAUGAGAGAAGACAUCUUAUCACUCUUUGACAGCCUCUCCAGCCAGGCAGACACUGUCAAACAAAAGAUGAAGCUUUACAAUCAUGACCCUGAUCUACAGAUUAAAUUUCCAAAGCUUUAUAUGACUUUAUGCAAAUGUAUAAUUCACAGCACUAAGUGGCUAGAUGAGAAAAGCUCGGUGCAAUCAUUUAAAACGUUCUUUCAGCAGAGUCGAUAUGGAAAUGGUGAAGACGAUGCCCGGAAAAAUAUGAUGAAAAAAAACUCAAAAGUUCGAAGGGGCGAUAAAAUUGAUGAAAUUGCUUCAAAUGAUAUUCAGUCUCAUUUCUUUCUUUCUCAGAAAGAGGAGUGGAACAGCUGAAGACAUUUGCACAGCAGGCACAAAACCCGGUGUUGUUGAAGGUGCCAUCUGUAUUCCAACAGCAAUGGCCCACCAAACGUUUAACGUGUGGCCUUCAUGGGUUCGAGUCGACCCACUCCGUCCCUUGUUCUCCCAACUGUCGGUGGACACUUUGUAUGGCAUUGGUCAGAACAGCUAUUUCUCUAAGAGCUUCUAUGUCCUACAUAACUAGACAUCUCGCUAUUGGGGCCUAGUUUGAUCUAGAUGAACUCAUAGUCCGAGCGCCUUUAAAGGUGGUAGGUCUCUUUAGCCUUAGCCAGGCGGAUGAUGGUGACUGUAAGGUCAGGCGAAUUGACUGGCCAUAGUACCCUGGUCAGGACUUGGAUAGAAGAGAUUCGUCCGAUAAAGCAAUAAAGCGUGGCCAGAAGUAUUGUCUUCUUGAUUAAUAGCAUCAGGGCUGCACUUACUCGCAGAUGGAAUCAAUGUAUCUAUAAUAAUAACCUAUUAAAUUUAGAAUUAAA